GUUUCUUCUAAUCUUUUUUAAUAAUAUUAAUGAAGCUUUUAUAAUAAAUUCUCAACAAAAUCAUUUUUUAAUCAUUCAUGAAAAAUUGUUUAAGAUUAUGAAAAAAAAUCAAAAGAAAGCAAAUUCUAAAUUCUUUUGAUAUUUUUAUCAUUUUUAAUAAUCGAUUUUCACUUUAAAAAAAAUUAUAGAGAAGCCUAAUUCAUGUGGUUAAGUCCUUAAUUCAUUUUCUAAUGCGCACUAAUAUCUUAAUUUUAAAUUAGAUUAAUUUUGGUUUAAUUUAUUCAAGAAGUUUGAGAAACUCUGUGUCUUGUGGGCAACCCUUGUGCCUUAAGUGAGUCACCUCUUGGUGCUGUGGGUCAGUUUAUCGUGGCAAUCGUGCGUGGAAAGACACAGAAGAUGCUACUUCUGUUUUUACUGACCCUCCUGGCCCCCUUGGCACAUGGUGCUCUGGAUGAUACAAUGCGCCUAUGUUGCCAUGUAGGCAAAGAAUGGGCCGUUGAAGGCUCCAAUUGUACCGGAGCCUCCCUCCCUGCAGACAUUCCCGUGGAAUUACGUGGGGUUUGCUUGUCAACCGUUGAAAUUUGCUGUGUACGCCAACAGAGAGAUCUUCAAUGUAUUGGCGGUCAAGCGGCGGCAAAACGUGGCGCCACAUGCCGCGAUGCACUGCCGGGGAUCCCUGAAGCAGCCUACUACCGUGAUUGCUGUGAAUCCUGCAAAAUUGGCCUGGUGACAGUCACUCUGGCACCCGAAUGUUCUCCCUUUGGCUUCGGUUCCCCUUGGGAUGAGGUCUAUGAGGCUUGCUGUGCCGAAGCAGCCGCCGUUAAUGCAUCAGCCGCUUGUGCUUCAGCCGCCUGUCAUCAUAUUUGCAUUACAACCGGUGAAUCAUACACCUGUCGCUGCCAUCCUGGGUUUGUUCUCACACAAGAUGGGCAUUCAUGCAGUGUGGCCAACUCAACGCAUCCCCAAUGUGAUGAAGGCUACGCCUGGGAUACUAAAUCAAAUCAAUGCAUUGAUAUCGAUGAGUGCGCCGAUGAAGCAAGAUGCCCUCCACCAGCAGCCUGCCACAACACACCCGGGAGUUUCACGUGUGAACCAGCAACAUCGGAAGCCUGUGCAAUGGGUUUCAAGCGUCUCGGGUCAAAAUGCGUCGAUGUGAAUGAAUGCGAAACGGAUAGGGAUGCAUGUGAUGCAAAUCAGAUUUGUACAAAUGAAAUUGGUGGCUUCCGGUGUGACUGCCGUACGGGAUUCAUCCUGGACCCAGUUACAAAUGCCUGCAUUGACAUCAAUGAGUGCCAAAUUAACAAUCACGAAUGCCUGGAUACACAGCGAUGUGACAACACCAUUGGAUCCUACACAUGUAUUCGGUUGCAGAGCUGUGGGACGGGAUAUACACUCAAUGCUGGCACGGGGAAUUGCGAUGAUGAUGAUGAAUGCAUCCUGGGAACGCACAACUGUGAACAUCCGUAUGAGUGCAAGAACACCAAGGGAUCCUUUAGGUGUGAAGUACCACGAGUCACGUCGUCGCCAUAUCGUCAUCAUCCACCGUACAGCAUGCAGGGGAUACACAAUACCAUCUGCGGUGUUGGCUACAGGGCAGAUGCCACAGGAAGAUGCCUUGACAUUGACGAAUGUUCUGAGGGCUUAGCUUCGUGCUCUCCUGACCAGAUUUGCCGGAAUAAGCCUGGGGGGUAUGUGUGCUACUGCCCACCUGGACACUUCCUCGGGAAAACACGUCAAUGCGAAGAUAUCGAUGAAUGCGCCUCAGCUGGGACAUGCCCUACAAAUUCCCGCUGCUACAACACCCCCGGAAGCUUCCGGUGUGACUGUGCACCUGGGUUCACGAGUGGGCCUGGUGCUCGACCAAUCUGUGUUGAUGUGGACGAAUGUGCUCAGCAACAGGGACUCUGUCAUCAACGCUGUGUCAACUACUGGGGAGCCUACAAAUGUGCCUGUGAUCUCGGCUAUAAACUUGCACCGGACAACCGAACCUGCCUCGAUGUUGAUGAAUGUGAAACAUCCCGUAGCUAUGAGCUGUGUGUUGGGAAUUGUGAGAAUACACCGGGAUCCUACAUGUGCUCCUGCCCUCGUGGAUAUACCCUCGGAGAAGACAAGAGGAGUUGUUUGGACAUUGAUGAAUGCGCAACGGGAGCUGCGUGCCGUGGUUACAAUGAAAUCUGCACAAAUAUCCGCGGUGGUUUCCGUUGUCAUCCCGUACAGUGCCCCCCGGGCUAUGCUGUGGAUUCAGAACGAAGAAAUCGCUGCAAGAGACUCUCCCUGCUGUGCGAUCGUGACGAUCUGGAGUGCUUCACGCGCCCAUCUUCAUACUCCUACAACUUCAUCACCCUCGUGGCCAAUAUGUCCGUCCCCCCGGCCGGGAGGGCGCUCUUCAAUCUCAAAGGGCCCAAUUGGUAUGAUAACAUUGACUUCUUCCUGCGUGUUGUUCGCGUUGAUGCCCCCGCGGGCGUUCAACCAGCCACCGAUGGGUCCUUUUCACUACGAAAAAUGCACAAUGAGGCCCUCCUGAGUCUCGUGGAGGCACUCCAGGGCCCACAAGAUGUGGAGCUUGAGCUCAGUAUGACGGUGUACAAAGAUCACCUCCCGGGUGGAAGCAAUAUUGCCAAAAUUUUUAUCUUUGUAUCUGAAUAUACUUUUUAAUUUUUUUGUACAAUAAAAACCAACGUAAAGGAAA